AUACAAAAUAUGAAGAAAUAUUAACAAUUAAAGAGCAAGAAAUAACAAAAAAUCAACUUAAAAUUCUUAAUGCCGGUACUGUGAAAAGUCAUGUUUUAAAAUCUUUUGAUGGAAUGUAUUAUAUCAUUGAAACAAAAGAUGGUAUCCAAAUAAAGGUUGAACGAGAUAAAUAUCAUAGUUUCAAGAAAAUGGGAAAGCGUAAAUACGUAUGUCAAUUAUGUUCGACAUUCUGUCAAAGGAAGGGUACUCAUAUAUUAUCAGAGAAGCAUUUGGAAAAAGUUUCAUCCCCUAUAAAAGACAAACAUUGCGUCAGAGAAGUGGACGCGUCAAUUACACAUUGCAUAUUAUGUAACGAAUUAAUCGAAAGCUAUUUACUACAUACAGUAUGUAACAACAAUCAUAUGGAAUUAUUAAAAAAGUCAAUCAUUGAAUCAGACGAUUUCGAUUUGAGAAAUGAAAGUAAAUCAGAAAUUGCUUUAGAUGUAAACAAAAAGCUUGAUCCAAUCUGUGAAUCCAAAGAUGAACUUAAACCUGGCGGUAGUUAUAAAACUGUUUUGGAUGUGGGUAGUUUGAAAUUACAAUCGGAAAAUAAAGCAAUAGAUGACAAAGUACCAGCUAAUCAAGAUUUAUAUUUAAAACAAGAAAGUAUAGCUACAAAUGUUCCAUCACAAACAAAUCAAAGUAGUGGGUCAUAUGAAUCGAAGAUAGAGGAAAUUACGUCAACUGACCAUCCUGAUUGGUACAUGAUAGAAACAACUACAAAAGGGACUUCCUGUAAAUUUUGUAAUGUUACAAUUCCGAACACUAUGAAAAAUAAAAUUGAACAUCUAAAUGGAUCGAAACAUAAAAGAACAGUUUCAGAAUUGUUAGAAUUAAAUAGAUUGAUAGUUAAAAAUGGAUUAUUCUAUUGUGAAUAUUGUAAUGAUUACAUGAAAAAUGAAUUACAAUAUAAUCAUAUACAACACGAAAGUCAUAAAAAAAAUAUAAAACUUAAUGAAACAGAAAUUAAAUCAACUGAUGAUAACAUAGCAACUGUAAUAGCAGAGUCUAAUUCAGAUCAAAAUAAUGAUAAAGUCAAUCCAGUAAAAGAUAUUGAAACAAAUAAAAUAACAACAGAAGUUACUACGAAAGAAAUGGCAAAUGAUAAUAUACCGACAACUUCUAAAGCUAUUGAAGAAGCUAUAGAAUAUAAUCCAUUAAUAAUGGAAAAGACACCAAAAGGUAAUGAGAUUACAUGCAAAAUAUGCAAUGUUAUAGUACCUUUAAGAAAUUGUAAUAUCCAAGAACAUUUAAAAGCCCAAAAACAUAAAAAUAAUGAAAAAGUAUUAUUAGAGAAAAAUAAAAUAAUAAUCAAAGAUUCGCGUUCACGCGGCAGCAUCGGUGUUCGGAUCGCGAGCGAUGGCUCCUGCGGCAGCCUCAGUAGUUUUGUUCCGCGUGGCCGUGGCCGCCUCGCGAGGCAGGCUGAGCCAUCAUAA